UAUAAAAAUCGCCAGGUGUCGCUCCUACUUGAGUUACAAUUUCCCCUUUGACCUCUCCAAUCCCGACAACCUUUACUACGUACUUCCGUUCUGACACCGCCCAGACUGCCGCAGCGAAGAUGUCUUACUUUUCGGAGGAGCAGAUUUCAGAGUUCCAGGAGGCCUUCUCCCUGUUUGACAAGAGGGGUGAUGGAAAGAUAGACAAGGGCCAGCUGGCCGAGGUGCUCCGGUCUCUCGGUCAGAACCCCACCAAUGCCGAGGUCAAGAAGGUCUCCGCAGAGUUCAGAGACAACUCCAGGAUCAGUUUUGAGGAAUUCCUGCCCAUCCUUGAGGCCUUUGCCAAGCACUCCAAGGAGGCGGGGUCCUUCGAGGACUUCGUGGAGGGUCUGAAGGUUUUUGACAAGGACGGCAACGGCCUGAUAGUGGGCGCUGAGCUGCGGCAUGUCCUCACAACUCUGGGAGAAAAGUUGACUGAAGAAGAAGUAGAACAGCUGGUGGCAGGACAGGAGGACCAACACGGCAUGAUUAACUAUGAAGAGUUUAUCCGAAUGGUUAUCGCAGAGAAUAACUUUAAGAGUUUGUAAGGAUGGUGGUGUCCAACUGAGCAACGCCAUGUUUGACGAGAACUGACGUGAUCAACUGACACAAACAGCAAAAUCACGGAAGAGAGGCCAGACCAGUCGACUUCUUCAUGAUAAUAGAUAAGAAAUGCCCUAUUAAGUAUUAGGCUUUGGCUUAUAAUUGAUAAACUAAUUUUGAUAAUCAAAUUGAUGAUCAAGUUGCUCACAUUUUAAGAAUUGAGCAGUGAGAAUUUUAUUUGGUCUAAAUGUUGACGUAAAUUGAAUUGUAUUUGUAGUCAAUCCUCAUAUAUUUUUUUUACACUUGUACAUGUAGAUGUACAUCUUCACUUGUGUAAAACAUUCCAAUUCCUUAAAACUUUGUGUGUUGAAUCUUGUAACAUUGUUCAGCUUUUCUAGACUUGACUGAUUUCUUGCCCUUUGGAGACAGUCUAUAAGACCUAAAGAUUGGCCUAGAGCGGAACUACGGAAAUUUAGCAAAUUGUGUCAGUCACAGAAGGCGCUCUCCCCAGGUUAACUAAAGCUGGACUGGUCUGGCUUCGGAAUGGUGCGAGACUUGAGGAAACGUACAUUGACCUUGACCUCCACUAUAGGGUGGCUUUAUGAAGACUAGUUUUGAUACCUACACAAGAAACUACAGUACAUACAUAAUCUCCAAGCAGAUCCUACUGUAGCAUAAGAUAGUAUCAAAAGCUGCCAGAGGAGUGAAGCCGGCUUAGGAGUGUGUUUCGCUACCUCUUGGCUGACUACACUCCUUGGCCAGUUUGGUACUAUUUUAUGCCAUUGUAGGAUCUGCUUGGAGUUUAGUACAUACAGUCUAUGUGUGAUGUACUAGGACAUAGUCAUUACGUAAGUGUAACUUAUGCAAAUCUGCUUUGAUAGCGUGCUAGAAUAGAGGUCUGAAAGUGGUGUACAACUUAAAGAAAAGGUUACCAUCACUGUUACAGGUGAUAGACCAUAUAUUUUAUUUACUUUCUUGAGGUCAUAGAUAAUAAUAGGCUUAUUAGGACUUCUCUUCUCGACGUUGUUCCAAAUGAAAACAUUGUGGUACUUGAAAGUGUUCCCUACUAGCAAUGUCACACUACGACUGCUGAAAUGAAAGGACGUACAUGUAAAUGUAUGUAUUUCCAUGCUGUAGCAUUACUGUUUGAGAUAAAAGAAUGUUCCCCCAGAUAUCGCAUUUUAAAAAUAUGUAUAAACCUUGACCUAUGACCUUAGGCUUUCACCUAUGAUCUAUGACCCUCCAGAUAAUGAAAUAUGACCUUCCUAUCAUGAACAAGGAUCUGUCUUGAAUGUGAAAGUUAUGCUAAUUAGCAGAGGUUGUACAUUGCAGUUUAUGCCGUGGCAACUUUCCUUGCUUUAAAUUUGCUCUGUGCUUAGCAAAUUGAAACAGGUGUGGUAGUUAUGUAAUAAAGGUAAAUAGUAAUCUUUCUAUGGA